UUCGACUACCAACAUUGACUCAGUGAAUGAACAGACCUUAGCGAGGGGAUAUGUGCCGUGUGUUUUCCUGAUACUCCCUCCCACCGCCAGUGCUCCGUUUUUACGAUAUUAGAAUUUUUACAAUUUGUUUGGACUGUCAAAAUGGUGCAGAGCUACCAGUCCCCCGUGAGGGUUUACAAAUACCCCUUCGAGCUGGUUAUGGAGGCUUACGUGCGUCGCUUCCCGAAGUGCGACAUGAUUCCCAUCAUGGCGGGCACUGACAUCAUCAAGGAGACUACAUCAAAAGAUGGCGCCGUAGUCCAGGUCUCCCGCCGCUGUAAACUACAUGUGGAGGCUCCAUACCUCCUCAAGAAGAUAAUGGGUGUGGAAUUUAUCUACUUUGUACAGACCAACACCCUUGACCAGAGAAACCGAACUCUCACAAUAGAAGCUUACAACGAGAGUUUUUCUUCUCGUGUUGCAAUACUUGAGAACUGCCGCUAUACAGUCCAUCCAGAGAACAGUGAGUGGACGUGCUUUGAGCAAACAGCCACAUUAGACAUCAAAUCAUUUUUUGGAUUUGAGAGCACUGUGGAAAAGAUUGCUAUGAAGCAGUACUCACAGAACAUAACAAAGGGCAAGGAAAUUAUUGAAUAUUUCAUUGACGAGCUUUUUAAAGAUGGUAUCGCAUAUAUUCCACGAUGGAAAGAGCCUUCUCACAAGGCAUUGCCAGAAGUUUGUAUUAUUAAAGAUGGCAAGACAGGAGAGAGUGAGGCUGAGAGCAGUUCUGAAGAGACUGAAAUAAGGGACCGAACCAGUAGCAGCACGCCGUCCACUGGAUCAACAGAACUUCAUCUAGGGGCUUCUGCCACAAAUCUUCCGAGCAUUGACAAGGUCAACCUUAAUGAAGAUGAUGCUUUCUUGACUGAGAAAAGGUACAUUAAAUGGUGUCUGGUUAACCUAGCAGCAGAAGAAGUGGAUAAUAAACAAACAGAUCGGGACAAUAAUAAGUUGGAUGCAGAUUACAUCAAGAGAUGUCUGGGAGACUUGACUCCUCUACAAGAAUCACGAUUGAUACAGCUCAAGAAGUGGGUUGCUGAACUACAGAAAGGAAAGGUUCCAAGUGAUAGUUGCUUGUUGAGAUUUUUGAGGGCUCGAGACUUUAACAUUGAGAAAGCCCGUGAGAUGUUAAGUCAUUCACUCAUUUGGAGGAAAAAGAACCAGGUUGAUAAGAUGAUUAAUGAGUAUCAAGUGCCUCAAGUAGUGAAAGACUACUUUCCUGGAGGGUGGCACUAUCAAGACAAGGAGGGUCGACCCCUGUAUCUCCUUCGUUUAGGGCAAAUGGAUGUUAAAGGUCUUGUGAAAUCUGUUGGUGAAGAAGGACUUUUAAAACAUACACUUCAUAUCUGUGAAGAGGGUCUUCGCCUGACAGAGGAAGCAACAGUCAACCAUGGAUGCCCAGUAACAACUUGGACACUUCUGGUAGAUUUAGAAGGCCUCAAUAUGCGCCACCUUUGGAGACCUGGCAUCAGAACUCUUCUUAAAAUUAUUGAGAUUGUGGAAGCAAACUACCCUGAGACAAUGAGUUGUGUUCUCAUUAUUCGUGCACCACGUGUGUUUCCCAUCCUCUGGACGCUUGUGUCCACCUUUAUUGAUGACAAUACCAGGUCCAAGUUUCUGUUUUAUGGAGGAAAUGAUUACCAAGGUCCUGGUGGCUUAGUUGACUACAUGCCUAAGGAAAAUAUCCCUGACUUCUUAGGGGGAGAUUGUAAGCAAGGCUCUCUUUCUCACUGUGGCCCCGUACCUGAGUCCUUGUACACUGUCAUGUACCCAGACCAGCUGGAGCUUAGCACUGUGGUCCAUGAGGGUGGUUUGGUGCCAAAGAGCAUGUACCAGCCAGGAGAGGAUGUAGAUGGAACUAGGCAGCACAUCCCACUGUCCGACCAGUGCAUGUAUCACUCUGUCUCUCUGGGCCGCAGUCAGGUGCAUGAGGUGGUGUUGCUUGUAGAGGAACCAGGAUCUGUCAUCUGUUGGGACUUUGAUGUUAUGAAGAAUGAUGUGUCAUUCUCUGUCUUGCGAACUAAGGUUCCCAUAACUCAUCGGCCAGAGCCACAGUCACCAACGGGAGCAUUGGGUGUCAUUGAUGCAGUAAUGGGCAGUGAUGAUCAGCACCGUUCUGUUAUUGACAAGACUUGGCGGGAAGGUUACGAAUAUUUCCGUGUUGAGCCCCAGCUGAUCUGCCAUGACGGAGAGAGCAUACAGUAUCAUGAGAGAGAUGGACAUGAAACCUGCCGUGUGGACCAGGAACCUGUAUUUCGGGAAGGAGAAAGCAUACAGGGUUCCCAUGUUACGUCUCACAUGGGCACAUACAUACUGCAAUGGCAUUAUUAUGAAUCAAGUCAGCACACAUCUCCACUUGAUAUAAUUGAUUCCAUAACAGCACCAAAGUCUAAGAUUAUGUACUACUUUGAGAUGCUUAAAUCAGCUGACUACAGGGGUUCUAUGACUAGCCUUCAGUCAUGCCAGAGUGGUUUCUCAUCCCUCUCUUCUAACACCAACAAGUCUGCAACUUCCUCCUGUCCGUCUCGCUGACCCUAAAUUACCACUGGCUAUCAUAUAUUACUUAAUCCUGGAAACAAAGGUGUACUGCCUACAGUAAUGAAGCAAAGACACAGUUGCACAGCAAGAUUUUAUUGUGAUGUUUUGCUUUGUGCAGAGCAAAGCAUUGUCACAAUAUAGAUAUACUCUGCACCUGUCUUUUUUUCAUCACUUCAUUUUUUGUCAAUAUUUUUAUUAUCUCUUGUUAUUAUAUGCUUUUUUACCCAGGAUAUUGCAUUGCUGAUUAAGGAUUUUAAAAGAUACCUUGGUGAAGAGGAACAGGUCUUGACUACCUGACUAGAGCCAAUAUUGACUCUGCAGUUGGGUUAAGAUGUUUAAUCUCAAUAUAAUAAGUUCCAGAUUAGCAAGUCUUGCUUAUUAAGCUGCUUCCCCAAAAUGGGAUAUGGAAUAAUAAUAGCCUUAGCUACAAAUUUCCUUGCAUAAAAUUUGAGAACAUUCAGUGUGAUAGAGAUAGUACUAAUGAUAAGUAUAUUAAUACAAUCCUUAGCCUAUUCAUAAUGGUAUGGGAAACUUUCUGAUCUUAUAUUAGUACAAGAAGCUGCUGCAAUUUUUUAAUAAUCUUAUUACUUCAAUUUACUGAAAACAAUGAUGCAAGUUCUAUUUUUAUUAAAUUUACUUGUAUAAGGCUGGGAAUGAAAAAUUAAUCAUUAAAUUUCAUAUCUCUUUUUUAAAGUAAAUUUUAAAUUUUUCAUGGUAUAGAUUUUUAGUGGCUAGCAUCCAAUCCUAUAUUAUCUGUAAUUGUUAUAAAGAAACAUUUUUCAGAAUGCCAGCGCUGUAUAGCCCUUGUGGCUUAGCGCUUCUUUUUUGAUUAUAAUAAUAAUUUUCAGAAUGCCUAAGUUAUUUUAAUAUUUGGAAUUUCCAUGUAGGAAUAUUCUGUGGAAACCUUAAUACAACAGUAUAUACUAUAUAUACUUGAGUAUAGGUCAAGGUUCUAUGGCUGAUUUUUUUGGCCAAAAAAGUGAGGAGUUUACUUAUUCAUGGGUAAUAUUUCUGAAGGCUUGAAAUCUAUGAAGUGCAAUCCCUGUAUUGCACACAAAAAUCAAGUAUUAGGUAAAUGGACAUAGCUGCAGCUAAUGUUUCAUUAGUUGCACAUGUGUGUGUUUACCUAACAUUUUGAUGAUAAUUCUACCAUUAUUAUUAAGAAUCAAGUAGUUUUGCAGUAGGUUUGCUGGCCAUGGUAGGGAGGUCCUGCCCACAGUCACACUCCACUCGUCUAUAUCUACUGCCAAACCAGAAUAUAGAUUCCAAUAUACUGGUUUGGCAGUAAUUGAAGAGCACUGCACUAGGCCUACUGGCCAAUGCAAGGCAGGUCCAACUCUUGCCCAACCAUUUCCACUUGUGCAUCUGUCAAAAAUUUGCAGUUUGUUUUAUUCUUGUACAACUCUGUUGCCAAACCAGUCCUUUCCUAUAUCAUUUUUUAAUUUUUAAUUUAUCUAAUUUGAAUUCAUUGUUUUGAGUUCUAUUUUAGGUAGACAUGUUCAGGACCUUAUUUGCAAUCACUUUAUUUCUAUAUUCACUACACAGCAAAAUUCUGAAUGCCAGAGCUAAACAUAUGAAAAUCAUAAAUACAGAGAUAACCAGUUAUGGUACUGCACGAGACCACAAUUUGAGGAACAUGUAAUUAGAACAGUUAAGUUAGCUUUGGCUACUUCAUCCCGUUGAAAUGUGAUUCAGCACUUCUACUACUACUACACAACUGUAAUUUUUUUUAAUUCAGUGGUCAUUUUUCACUAAUGCAGAAUUACCCACAGAAGAAAACACUGACAACUACACGAGUGGGAAUGGUCAAUGAGUGUGAGUAUUUGAGGUGAGCAGAGCCUUCCUAAUACAAGUACCAGUUAUAACAGUACUGACCAACUGUAGAAUAAAGACACAUGCAGCACUUACCCACUAGAGGCAAUUGAUAAAGCCCCCUGUGGGUGAAAAAUAUAAUGUCUUAAGUGUUGCAUUUGAAUCUGUUCCAUAGGGUCUACCUAGCACUAGUCAGUAGACCUUUCAAAGUGCUGCUGUAUUUUUAUUAGACUGAAAUAUUACCUUAGUCUUUGUAGCUGUGUUGCUCACCUGACCUCACUGUAGUGAGUCACCAUAAUAUUAGCUCAAGUAGAGAAUUUUUUUUUUCUCUUUGUUAGCCUUUCUCUAUAUAUUUCUUAGGAUAAAGUUUAUAAGAGAAAACACUAGACUUGGAGAUUUUUGUACAGAACAACAUACUGCUAACACCCAGUACAGUACUUUAAUUUUAAAAUGUUCUACUGUCCGUUAAAAACUAGGGUUGAACCAUCCACGAGAUAUAUGAAAAAUUAAGGAUUUUUUUGCAAAAACAAAAAAAAAAAAAAAAACGUCAAGGG